AUUUUCAUUCCCAAGAAAAUGUGUCGAAUAACAGUCGUUAAUUAUAUUUUGACGUAUCUAGGUUACUUCGGCUACCUCUUCCGUGUUUUUAUCUUCGCAAAGUUUGCUCUGAAGAUUAGAAUGUCCGUCGUUACAACACGUCCAUUGUUGGCAAAUGCAAAACCUCCAGUGCUUCCCCUAAAGCCAAUGCUUUAUCGCAUUGUGGGAGGGGUGCUUUCAAGGAAUCACCAGAACCAUCGUCGGUACUUCCUCAAAUUUUCUACUUUUCACCGAGUCAUCUAUAAAUUCGAGUUUUUAAACUAUGACUUCAGUUCCACCUGAAGCCGCAACAAUGAGAAUUAAAACCAGAGUAAGUGAUAAGAAGGUGUUGGCUGAACUGGACAGGUGUUUGGUUGAGGCGAACCGAAAACACCUAAUUUCCUGCAACAAACGCGAUUUGCACGAAACCAGAACCCGAGUCGAGCAAAUUAUUAAUAAAAUCGUGGCUGCGAUGAUCAAACAAAGCCCGACCUUCUCCAAAUUGUAUUGCAAAAUUUUUGGCGUGGGAAGCAGCUACGAACAAACCAAAAUCGAAAAACCGAAUGAGUUUGAUGUCGAUAUUGUUUUGAAAAUACCAGAAGUGGCAAAACCGGUACUACAGCACGGCGAAGUGGGAGGUUUCGCCCACGUUCAACUAGAAAAUUUUGAAGUGUUGUCCAAAGUUGAUCCAGAUAUGUACAGAACCUUGAAGGUGUUUGUCGACCAAGAGAAUUUUCUUUUAUCUGAAGAAAUGAUGUUGCUGUUCAUACAAAAAGUUUUCAACGAUGCAAAACUUCAUGAUUUUCCAGAUGGAGUUAUCAAAAUUGCGUCUAAAGAAUACAGAAUUACAAAAGUCGAGUACAUCGAACCUGCCUUGACUUUAAAUAUAGACGGUCCCGAGUUUUCGGUUAGUGUUGAUUUAGUGGCGUCUUUUCUUCUUGGUGCGAAUUUUUGGCCACCAGAUAAUUACAGGAAAAAUCCGUAUUCUCCUGAGAACGACUUUUUUCUGGCUCCGGCACGACCUAUUCAAAACCACCCUCACAAAGAAAGAUUCUGGAGGCUAUCGUUUCACGUCCAAGAAAGACAAAUUAUUUUUCAUCGAUAUCGUCUGAAACCUGCGAUGCGUGUUCUCAAGAAAAUCUGUGGUCACUUUAACCAAACAGUUUAUAGUUACAUCAUUAAGACUAUCUUCUUGUGGGAGCUCUACACCGAAAACCCUAGUUUAAGUUCCGACACGCCUCUUCUAUGGAAAUCCUCGUUAAGCUAUAUCGUGCUCUAUAUGCUGGAAAAGUAUCUACAGUGUUUGAAAGAAGGUACUAUUUCUCAUUUCUGGGACGCACGCCUGAACCUCUUGUCGUAUUUAUCUCAACAAGAAAUAGAACAGUACCGGAGUCAGAUUGACGCGUUGUUGGAAGACAUAAAGCACAAUCCUCACCCGGAGGUACUUCUAAAGUACCUUAAAUAACCCUUCCAAAUACUGAACUUGAAUGAUAAAUGAACAAAUCUGUUUUGUUUGUAAUUUUUAUUUAUAUUUAUUAGAAGUAUAAAAAAUAAAAUUUUAUUCUAUGUA